CCACGGUUGGAUUAAGGACAUGGAACGUGUGAAAGACAUGCUGCGCACGAAAUUAACCGGAUGUGUACAUGACAUGCAAUUCGCCAGCAAACAGGUGGAGCACUACGAGGUGGAAGAAGACAAGGACAGGCCAGGGCACUUGAUACUCAGGCGGCCGCUGUUGAGUGAACGCCUGCUGCGCUAUCAGCCGUGGAGCCCCUCCUUUGACGACGACUACAGUGCGCUGUGCAAGGAGCGGCAGCCAGAGGCGUCGCAAAUGUUCAGCCUCGCUCACGAACUGUACGCCUUCCAUCGUUUCUACUGGUACCAUGCAGCUGAGAGCGUCGGUUUAUCCUACGGAGAUGAUGCCAAGAUUGUAGACGAGGAGUGGCAGCUGGAGGACAGAAGCCACGCUACGCUCUCCGUGGGCACUGACUGCGUGCAGCUGUUGGUGAACGCCCUGGACCACCCCACGUGUCCGCUGGAAGACCUGCCACUGGAAGCCGUGAAGCAGCGCGAGCGGUGGCGCGAGCAGCUGUGGGACGACGUGGUGCAGAGGUCGCCCCACAUACCCGUCACCAGCUACCUGGCCUACACGCAGAGGGCAAACGUCAACCUCUGUCUGCUGGCCUGGAUGGCUGCCAACUCGUACGGCAUUUGUCACGACGUCCCGUUCAGUAUGAUACAGUCCGUGCACGAUGCUCGCUGCUAUUUCGAUAGUCCCGACGAUCAAUCAUGUCUGCAGUCGAACGCUACAGAAGCAAUCUGCUCUGUUUCCAGAGCUAUUCUGUUGCUAAAGUGUCGCGACUUUUCCUCCAUUAAGACUUCCCAUAAUUGUACGUACACUACGUUUCGAUCUCUAUGGUUCUAUAGUACGAGUAGUAUACUGGAUCAAAAGCUAACAGAACAAACACUAAACUACAAAAACAGUUUAACCAACGCCACCUUGAAAUACAAGGAUUUCAAAAUUGACAGCUUGAAGCCUUUAGAAAUGUCAUUUAUACUGAUAAAUAUCAUUUUCCGUUUUUCGACUGCCGGAGUAUACAUGUACCUUCCCCAGUUGCGCAACUUGCCUGGAAAGAUACUCUUGUCCUUUCAGAUCACGUGCAUAGUCCAGAUCCUGUGUUCUGAGGUCGUGUAUCGUAUGGCAGGCGUCCCUGACUUACCAACAGCAGUGCUGAUAGACAGCGCCCUCACACUUCUCAGCUGUUUCUGGCUGAACUCAUUCUGCUACCACAUGUACGCUUGUGUUCGCCAUCUCAGGCUUCCUGACCAGCUACUACCUGCUGAAGUAAGCCAGUUAUUCCGUCGUGAGGUGCUGUGUGUGCUUAUACCGUGGAGUAUAGUAUGUGUGGCAGCUGUUGCUUUGGAAAAGACGAGUAAAUAUUACCUGAUCCACAGUCGCAUAGUAGUCCUUGCAGGGAUUUCAGUGUCUGUGGCAUUCAAUUUGGUUUGUCUCGGACUGCUUGGAUACAUGUACCUACGUAAUCGGUGCUCCAUGCGGCAACUCGAAAUUGUUGAUAACAAGAAAUUUGCCUCAAAGAAGGAAUGUCUUUUUAUGUCAGUUAAGGCCAUUAUAAUAAGUGGAACAGGAAUUAUUAUUAGAACUGGGUUCCACCAGGCUCAGGGAAUAGCGCAGGUAGUGUACUAUAUGCAUCUAGUUACGAUGGUGCAAGGACCAGUGCUCUUCGUCUGUUUCGUUUGCAAUGGAACGACGCUCCCCAUACUGAAGAACAGGAUACUUCUUUGGUGGAACCCAACCAACAUCCCUGCAGGUCUAGAGCUGUGUUCGGCAGCGGAGAGGAAUCUGGCCAGGAGAAACAAUGAACAGUCUCCCUUUUCAGAAUCCUCGCUGUAGCCUCCUUCAGUAUUUUUCGCAAAUAACUGUCUCCACACCACACUGCAUUAAACCCAGCAAUAAAAAUGGACUCUACCUGGUAUGACAAUAUUAAAUGUCAUUAAAUCUCAUAUCGUACAGCCAGUACUUCUCUUUCCUAACGUCUCCUUCAUUUAUAACUGUGUGCUUAUUUGUGAGUGGUAGCUCUGUCUACCUAUUCUAAUGCACUGAGACUACUCACUAAAAUUGUUGGGAAAUGCUUCGUGUAUACA